UAGUGUUCAGUAAAUCAUACUGUGGUGACUGUUACAUACAUACAGCUGCUUGAGUGCGUACCAAGAAACAAGACUUUUCAUCAUGGAAUCAUACAGAUCCAAGGUCUUUGUAAUACUGGCAGUUAUAUUACAUGCUUCCUUGUGUCAAGCUAUGUAUGAUUGGAAAACCAAGACAUUCAUCAAGAAGGACAACAGCAAGCUAGUCGUCCCAGGGACAAAAUGGUGCGGAAAAGGGAACAAUGCCAUGAGUUUUGAUGAUUUGGGUGAACACAUGGAAACAGACCUCUGUUGCCGCAAACACGACCACUGCCCAGAAUUUAUUCUCCCAUUCCAAAGACGAUUCGGAAUUCUCAAUCUCUAUCCAAGUCACUUAAGUCAUUGUCCUUGUGAAAAGAAGUUUUACGACUGCCUUUGGAACGUCACCAGCCCUGUAGCAAUAGCCGUUGGUCGCAUGUACUUCAACGUCAUUCGUGUCCCUUGCUUUCACUUAGUCCAAGUGAAAAUUUGUAAAAAGAGAUCAUUUGAUUGGUGGGAAUUCAAGUACGUGUGUAAAGAAUAUGGUGUAGAAUUCAAGGGACAGACCUUCAUGCCCAACAAAUUCCUUAAACAGCUUCCUGCAGUCCAGCCUAGUUACUGGAAAGGCACUACCAAAGGAACUUACAUCUACUGAUCCAUCUACAAUCCAUCUACAAAAAAACUGAUCUGAAGGGGAAAAAAGUUCAGAAUCGGACUCGAGAUAACGGGGAUUUACUCAGUGUUGUCAGUGGGUAUAACUGGUGUAGGGAAAAACUUUUUCUUCUUCUUUAUAUAUAGCUUUCAAAAAAAUAUAAAAAAUGAUUGUAAAUUGUAGGAGUUUAGGUCGGUAAUUCAGCUCAUUUUGUUAUGAUUGCCAAAAGACUUUUCUAGCCUGACAUAGAURUUGAAAGAUCCUCCACAGGCUUGUAUCGUAUGUUUUUUUCACGAGGCAAGUGAUUGGCUAAUUUUCGUGAAGGGAUCAGUUAACUGUCUUCCGCUGUAUCUACCAUAGGGUUACAUUCUAGGUCACGGGAAUUAAAAGUUUCUAGCUAAAA